AUGGAUUGCACAAGCUGUUACUCGGAAAUCGUCGGUCAAGUCGCGAAGGCGGAAACUUCAGCGCCGGCCACCCUUGGGAAAGGGGUCCCGGUUGCGGGCGGUGCCGUUCCAAUGCCGGCCGAGGACACUGUCUCGCGUUCGGAGCUGGAAGAGAUUCAUGAAGAGUCGUGUUACGGAGCAUUGGUGUCUCCGUCGAAGGUUGACAUUUGCAGCGGGAGGGGCGAGCAGCUGAGUCUCUGUCCAAAAGGUCCAGCCCAGGGCGAUGGCCCAGCCCAGGACGAUGGCCCAGCCCAGGACGAUGGCCCAACCCAGGACGAUGGCCCAGCCCAGGACGAUGGCCCAAUCCAGGACGGUUGUAGUCCAGCGGAGGUCGACGGCCCAGCCGAGGACGGCGGUCCAGCGGAGGUCGGUGAAGCAUGCGCGGCUGCGGCUUCGGCCCCGUCAGGGUCUGGUGUGAUUCGCGCAGACGCCCAAGGGCAGUUGGUGCAGAAUUUGGCGUUGGCGGAUUACAGCGCCUUGCCUGCGGAUGCGGUGCCAAAGUUUAACCAGGAGACGCAGGAGUACGAGGCGGAUCCGGCGUGGAUGGCGCGUUAUUUGACGUUGGCGGGUGCGGGAAACGCAAAGUUCGAGGUGGACUCGCGGCGCACGUGGGAGUUGCGAGACGCACCACCACCUCCGCCCCCGGCGGACGUCCUACUGCAGACACCCAAGACGCCUACGGUCGUGAUCCCGGGCGAGGUGCCGGGCAGCUACCUCCGACGUGUUUGCUACUGGACACGCGACCGACGUGUCCUCGACGGCGAACUCCAAGACGUCGCCGUCGAGACCUCCUACUACGCGCCUCUCAACCUCCAAGAUUGCCCUUCCAGCGCAGAGUUCGUCGGCUGCGACCCACCUUCCGAAUUCGCCGCCAAAAACCGCAGUGCACACGCUGCCCGACAAAGGGAACAGGCGGCGGCUGCAGCCGCGGCCGCCGAGACCGCCUUCCAGGUACAAAAGAAGAGACUCUUCGCCGGCCAGUAUGCAGACGGCGACUUCCCCACCAUACAAGUUACUCUCACCCCGGACCAACUCGCACGCCUCGACCACGAUCUCGCGGUCCAACUUGUGAUGGAACAACACCCCGACUUUUCUCCACACCGUUUCCAAAGAAUCGACUCGUCCGACUCAACGCAACUCCCUAUGCAGGCGACCCACACACCCCAGGUACCUUUACACACACCUCAGGUACCUUCGCGACCGUCUCAAGAUCCCCACACCAAACCGAGGGAUCCUUCGGAACCGACAGACCCACAGCACCCGGAGCCACCCACUGUCCCCGGGCCGCUCAACGUCACGGCCGCUGGCGAGGCGGCCGGCGUGGACGUGGUCAGUGUCGGCGGUGAUGGCGGGGGGGUGCCGAGAAUGGGCUCUUUGGAGGACCGCGGACCGGGUCAAGAGGCGUAUCGCGCGAGGUCCUUCUCGGCACGGACGUCGAGCGAGGCCGCGUCGGCCAUUGCCCGGAUCAAAGAGUCGGUGGCUCGAAUCCAGCCAUCGCCGAUACAUCGAACCGACGUGAAGCAAAUGGACCUGCACCCACCCCUGCCACGCUCCCGGGCCACGGGUUCACAGUCACCCAGCACUCCCGGCAGGGACACCGAGGCCCUCAGCCGUGGAACGGACCUCUCGACGGAGCGGGAAGACGUGGCGCCGGAGUCGUUAUGCAGACUCGAGAAGAGUUGCAGCGAAUCCGCACGGAGUUGA